AAUUAGAUUGGCCAACUAAAAUUCGAAUGGCGAAGGAUAUUUCUAGUGGGGUUAAUCACCUACAUGAUGCAAAUAUUGUUAAUUGUGAUCUUGUAAGAGAUUUCUCCUUUCUUUCUAGUGAUAGGCAAGUUGGGACAUAUAGCUUCUACAAUAGAGAUGCUGAAUUUCCUAUGGCAGGGCUUUUAGAGUCUGAAUAUGUUCAGCAGGCUCCAAAAUCCGAUUUAAUGAUAUUUAAUUGA